AUGGAUCGCCAUUCGAGCAAAUUGCCGGCCCCUAGCUUCCGCACCGUUUCCGUGGGGAGAUGCUAUGUGCAGACAGCGACCGAUAGAUUUGGCAAUGAUGCCAAGGGCGCGAUUCGAGAUCGAGAACGAACGGCGUUGGGAAUGAACCCGGAGGGCAUGGAGGCGCCGUUCAAUUGGCCGAAUAUCGAUGGACAGGAUGACGGGCAUUCGCAGGAUUCCAUCUACCGGCUGGUCCCGAGCAUGCAGGGCUAUCGGAACAACUUGACUGCGCUGUCGCAGGCUUACAAUCUCUACUUUGUCGCCUACCAAGGCCACAUCUUUGUCUAUGUCCCCCGAAGCAUACCGAAACAGACGAUACCCCGACAUCCGGACCUGCAGAUAUAUGCUCCCCCGAGUCAAGAGGCGAUUUCCAUUGGCGGCUGCAUCGAUCCCAUCACUCCGCAUACCAUCAAUCACAUCAUUACCGGAUACCUUGGGAAAGAGGAGAUUCUGGUGGCUUGCUACGACGAUGGAGAUGUGGUUGCGUACUAUGUCAGGGAGAUUGCGGCCUUGGCAUCUCGGACUCAGAAGGCGUCCCAGCGAGGGUGCCCCAGUCGCCCCCCGAGGCUCUUCUUCCACGAGAAUGUCGGCCAGACGGCCUGGGGCCUGGCCAUACAUCGCAAGUCCCGGCUGAUUGCCGUGAGCACGAAUCGUUACGAGGUGACGGUCUUUGCGUUUGCGCUUUCCACCUGUCAGAAGAAGUCAAAAGACGUACGCGAAUUCUGCGACUGCUGCAAGAGCAACGACAGUACCAGGCCGAGCGUGCCCCGGAGAGCCCGGAACUGGAGGAUUGUUGUGGCUCUCGGGAGCCACGCGUCCAACAUUCCCAACAUCUGCUUCGUUGACAGUGCGGAUGGCCAGGCUGAGAAGGUGUGCGCGAUAGAUAUCAAGGGGGUCAUGUGGAUGGCAGAUAUAUGGCAAAUGUUUCAACCUGUCACGCAAGUGCCUCCGUCUAGGCAUCUCAUAUUGCAAAGCGAAGAGUUUUGGCCAGCAUCCUCAAGCUUCGUGCCAGUCGACACCAUCGACGAGAUGCUCGGGCUUCCCGAGCAGGCGCUCAACGUCUUCCAGCCUGGGUCGGGGUGUCCGCAGCCGAUGGUGAAUGUGGCCGAGUGCCUCGCAGCCAUCCCGGACAACCCAUGCCCCCCUCCCACGCUGGGCGGCAGGGCCGGUCAGUUUUACCGCAACAUCCUGAACAUGUCGCAUGACGAGUCUUUACAAUUUCUCGUAGGCGAGACGGUUGCCGCCAAUGAUAUGCUCGAGGGCGGCCAAAGCGACGAUAGCGACGGCGAAUCUGAAGCGUCUGAAGACAUAUCGCAUGUGCUCGGGGAGGAAGACGAAGAAGAAGAAGAAGAAGAAGACGAGGAUGAUGAUGAUGACGAUGAUGAAGAAGAGGAGGAGGAUGAAGAAGAGGAGGGUGCGGAUAAUGAAGUAGAAGAUGGACAGGACAACGAUGACGAGGCAUUGGAAGAAGAGGCCGAAGAGGCUGAAGAAGUUAUUGUUGCUCAGGGAAACCCCGAAGUUAUUGCCGCAGACCAGGGCGGCAGUGCAACCCUCUUUCCGACACCACCGGUGGGACAGCAAUUCCAGCAAGCGCUGCAGGAUCUAGACAUAGCACUUGGACAGCUAGCUUAUGCUGUACAGGAGUUCCAGGAGGCCAUCUCAAUCCCGGAUACUCCCAAUCCAGCGUCAACCCAACCUCAGGGCUCACAGAACCAAGACAGCCCGGGCCCUAUUUCUGAAAGUAAGAUGAAUUCUGACCCAAUGGUGUUUGGGCAGCGGAGCCACAGACACCUCAGCUCGCCUCCAGUUCGACUCGACAUGGCUUUCUUUCCGCAUAGCGGCAAGAUUCAGGCCGUUCCACGGUCCACGCCGCAACUCCUCGAGUUUCUCAGGCGGCCGAUCGAGUUCAAUGACAAUGUUGGACCGCCAGUGGAGGAGCGCCUCAAGAAGUUGACCAAACGAUAUCACUUCAUCCGCACAUUCGAAAAGGAUCUAGAACUUCGGAGUCUCCGGGGCCCCUACGAAACCGGCCACAGGGAGAUUGGCGUCUUGUGUCCCGACGCGCUCACGCUCGGUUGCUUCCAGGAGCGAAGUAUCCGGCCCUACUUCCGCGCAACUAGCCGCCUGAGCCUGAUGUUUCAUGUGCCAGAGCUGUCUCUGGUCGUGGUAGGAUCGCCCAUCGGCCGAGUUCUCCUGGUUACUCCAACGAAGCUCAAGACGCCGAUUGCAGCAAAGACGGCGGCGGGCAUGUGGCAUCACGGGCUUCGGGUAGAGACGAGCGACGGCGCCGAAGAGGUAUAG